AUGGCGGACAAAAAGAAAAUUUGCGAUGAUGACAGGUGUUCUGGAGGUGGCAUUUUGGAAGGUGAUAGGCAAUUUCUGGAGCGAAACUCUGUUGGUCAUUUGAUGAGAGAAGCCAUUGAGAAUUUAAUCACUAAUCGACCUGAAGAUCCCAUCAGUACACUUGUUUCAUUUUUUGACAGUGUUGAGAAGAAACAGUGUGCUGUUGAACAUGCCAUCCAGAUCUUAACUAGCACUUCUCACAAGAGACCCAGGUUUGAGAGAAAUGUUCGACUGGCUUACACAGCUCUCUCACAUUACAAAGUUUCAAAACAUUUACACGGUGUAACGGGGGCUGCGUACCGCGAACUAAUGAUGAAUUUAUGCAAGGACUUUUCUCAACCAGUGACGACUUGUUUUCUCCGAAAAGUUGAGUGUCUUGACGUCGAAGCUGUUCCUUAUGAAGUUUUUCGCUACGCCAUCUUCUGUUAUUGUAGCGUCAAUGGUGAGUGUCGAUAUGCUAAGAUGGCCACUUAUCCAUAG